AUGGGCCUGCGCGAGCUCACAGCCAGCACCCACGUGGCCGGGGGCAGAGUCUCGAGGUCCACGCCGCCCGGCUCUGACGGGCUGGAGCCGCGCCUGCGGUCCCCCGCCGCCAACACAUCCAUUCCGCCGACAGCUGCCGCGCGGUUCACCUUCUCCGGCACAUUGAGCAAAGGGCCUGCUGGUGGCCACCACUGCCUGCGGGGGGUCCCUGUGCCCCCUCACCACAGCAGGCGCCGGGCCAGUCUGACCAAGGCCACCAGCCCCACGGGCAGCUGCCCAGCGCUGCGCUCCCAGCCCAGGUCCUCAGGGGAGGGUGAGCGGUGGCCACUCCGGCCCGGCAGGGGCUGGCAGUGCCAGGCCCACCUCUGCCAGCUCGGGCCUGCCCCACCCUCCCGGGAAGCCCCCCACCAGGCAGGCAGGGCAGGCGGAGUUGACCAGAGGACACUCGGACGCAGGAGAGGACAGAGCCGAGUACCACCUUGUGGAGGUGCUGGGGGCCGCGGGUUCCGCCCCCCUCGCCUGGACACCCACCCCACCUCAGCCUCAUCCAUCACUGAACCUCUGGUGCCCCGGAGUGUCCCAUCACCUCACCUGCGUCACGAGAAGGGAGAACUGAACGCACUCAUAGAACAGGAAGUUGGGCCUGACACCAGCCAGCCAAGCCGGCCACAGCCUCGCACCACGACCCAUGGCUGCCACGCGGUCCACGCCCCCUCGGCCCUCCCUCUGGGCAUCCUCUGCACACAACCUCCUCCCUCCCCCGUUCCCAGGCACUGCCCCACACUGCUGCCCACAGGAAGCACAGCCACGACAGGGCACCUGCAGACUCUCACCUGCCAGCCAGGGACACGGAGGCACGGGCAGCCCCACCUCCACCCACACAGCCCCCGCCCCCAGGCCCCUGGACAGUGUCUGGGACCCUCUCCCCACUGCAGCAGCCUGCACCUGCACACAGCAACUGAAGGAGGUAGGAGGGGCCUCGGGGUCAGGCCCGCAGCGGAGAGCACCUCGGGGCGGGGAGGACCCAGUGCCAGGGCCUGCAGCACCGGAGUCGGUGGAAGAACGGGCAGGGCAGGCACACGGCAGACCUAG